UGGCGUCGCUCCUACUUGUGCUUUCGGAUCAUUUUAUAAUCUCCCGUGAAUUUUCAGCAUAUGGGUUUUUUUAUGCUUCUGCGAUUCAAGCAUCUCAAUCGAUUUAAAACGUUAAUUUUUAUAAUAUUGUGAAAUUUGAGUGAUGUGUGUUUUGGUUUUCCACUUUCGUGAUCCUUCCUGCGUUCCAAUGGCUCCAAUAUAAUUUUCACCUAUCAUUAAAAGAUUCUACAAAAGGCAGAUGGUCCUUACUGAGAAAUUGACACAUCAGUAAAACAGUAGAAACUCGUGCAUAUUGAACGGCAAGUUGAGAGCUUCCUUUUCGAGGCGAUCGAAAAGAAAAAGCACCAGGAUGGCGGAGGAGGGCAAUGAUGUCAAGUCGGCAGGUCCGUCUUCUCCGCGGAGUCCUCACGACAUCGCCGGAGGAAAACCAAACAGUCCCAGGUCGCCCAGACAACCACGUCGUGUGAAAAUCACCGAUCAACAGAUGGACAACUUAACUAAGGACGAGAUCGUGGCCAAGUGGCGUGAACAGGACUUGUAUGUGGAGUGUCUAGAGGCACAGGCGGCAGCCCAGGAAGGUGAAAUAACCUCGCUAAGAGAAUCCGAAGAUAAAUACCGACAACAGUAUGCGGAAGCAUCGCAUAGGGAAAAGAUUCUAGUGAGGAGGCUCGCCUCGAAAGAACAAGAAUUGCAAGAAUAUGUUAGUCAAAUAUCUGAAAUGAAAGCCGCUCAAGCUCCGUCCGCAGCAGCAUUAAGGUCCGCCCUCUUAGAUCCAGCUGUAAAUAUAUUAAUUCAGAAGCUGAGGCAAGAAUUAAUCACAACGAAGGCGAAGUUAGAAGACACGCAGAAUGAACUCAGCGCGUGGAAAUUCACCCCCGAUAGUAAUACUGGAAAGAGAUUAAUGGCAAAGUGCAGAUUGCUCUAUCAAGAGAAUGAAGAGUUAGGAAGGAUGAUUGCUAGUGGAAGAAUAGCAAAAUUGGAAGGAGAGCUUGCACUUCAGAAAGGCUACAGCGAAGAAGUCAAAAAGUCACAGACUGAAUUGGACGAGUUCCUACAGGAUUUGGACGAGGACGUAGAAGGUAUGCAGAGUACGAUAUACUUCCUCCAGCAGGAACUGCGCAAGGCUCGCGAGUCUGUGACGCUUCUGCAACAGGAGAAUGCAGCUUUAAAAACGAAUUCGAGCGAGAACAACCUGACGAAUGGGCUUUCUCCACACACGCCACCGAUCAAAUCCGAUCCCGAGGAAAGUCCCGCGGUGGAUCUCAAGUUGGUGAAAACCGAAGAUAGUGAGGUGUGCAAAGGUGCGAGGACUCCGCCCCUGCCGCCUGAAAAAUCAUCGCCUAAGAGUGAACAGCGCGCGAGUGACGGAAAUGAAAGGACGGAUCGAACCGAGCGUAAAGCUCCGCAGCCGGAGCAAAACGACGAAAGCUCCAGGGAUUCGCCUGCCUUGAUCAUCAAGGUGGAAAAUGAAGAGCUCAGUGAUCGCGAGGAAGAGGAGGAACCGACUACUCGCACUAGUCGAAGGACGUUACGGACUAAAAACAAAAGUAGUAACAGAAAUAGUGGUAAGACAAAUGGGGAGGAAGUGCUGACGAGGGUAACGAGGGGGCGGGAGAGGACAAAGAGAGACAAAAGUGUACAGGGCAGUGACGAGGAUAGAGUUCACAAGAAAAAACGAAGAGAGAGCGUCCUCUCUCUUGAUUAUAACGAAGCUGAUGACGACGCUUUAGUUUUGACAAACGGCGAGACACUGCAAAGCGAUGCAGAAUAGAGUUCUACCAAUUUUUUUCUUGUUUGAGAAUUGAAAAUUGGAAUACCGAUGCCUCCGUGUUGAAAGAACUUCCUUUGGAGUGAAAAUUGUGUUGGAAACGUCAUAAUACUCUGUGGUUUAGUAGAACUAUUCCAAAUGCACUUGGAACUAUUUUCAAUUCUUUGUGUUCUUUUAAAUUCUGUUAAAUUACUUGAAUUGUCUUAAUAUUUAUCGAAAUUCUUUAUAUUAUUUUGAAGAGCCUGAAAUCCGGAUAAUUUUAGCAAUCAUUCUAAAUAGUAUACUAAUCCGGAGAGUAUUAAUUACUAAAGUUAUCUGCUAUGGAGGAAUCGAUACAUUUGCGAGAAUAUUCUUAAUAAUAGAGAAUAUAUCGAGAAUUUUAAUGCUUUUUUUCGAUUAAUAUAUUCUGUGAUUCGAAAUGAGUAGAAUCGAAGUUCAUGGACGAUCUAAUUGGUCGAAUUUAAAUUACGUCGUGAAUUUUGUGUUUGAGUAAAUUCGAAAUAAAUUCACUUGGAUUCUUGGCGACUUUAUAAUGUAAAUUAAAUGGGAAUUUCAGCGAAUUUACGUAAAAUUCAGUUUAAAUUCUAGUUAAUUCGACUGAUUAUUAGUGAGUUUAUGAGUAUUCUUGUAAAUUAUAAUGAAUUCCGCUGAAUUUUAAUGCAUACUAGAGAACUCAACUUCUUUCUGAGUAAAUUGUCAUACAAAUUUAUUUAAAUGCUACAAAAUUCAAAGAAGAUUAUAAAAAAAAAUGCAAGUAAAUUUAACUAAAUUAAACCGAGUUAAACUGAAUUCAAUAUGAAUCGAAUAUAUUCUGUAAAUUGAAAGUAACCUUGCAGUCAAUUCUUGUUGAAUUAUUUUCACUUUAUUUCAAAUUCAUUAGAAUUCAGUUGAAUUUAUUUUGAAUUUGUGUGAAUUUAGUAAAAUUACCACAAUUUUAGUGAAUCUAAAUCGAAUUACACUAAAUUGAAUUAUAAUUAUUGUUCAGAAUUAAUUUAUGUCAAUUUAAUUAUAUUUAAAUUAAAUCGUGAUUUCACUAAAUUCAAAUGAAUUCAGGGCAAAUUCUAAUAAAUUUAUAUGAAUUUUCCAGUUUAUUAGGCAGUUAUUAUUUAUUAAUUAUUUAUUAAUUCAACUGAAGUCAAGUGGUCUUAACUGAAAUUGAUAAUCUAAAAUUGAUUUCAACUAAAUUCAAUUGAGUUCAAUCGGACUGAAGAAGUUAAGUUGAAUUAAAGAUUAUAUAUACGUAGAUUUCAACGAAAUAUGCUCUUAAUUUGGAAAAUACUCAAAUUUCAAUGUAUUAAAAUUCCAAUUUUUGAUAUAUUAUUUUGAAGUAAUAAAAAUCAUAUCUUGGAUAUGAAAUUCUGGAUAUUUGCAGAAAAAAAGUAUAAUUCGUAUUAUUUUUAGUGAGAGAAAAACUUAAUUUUGCAUACAUUCUCCAAAUAAAUAUUCUCAUUCUCGCAAGAAUAUUCUCAACUUAGAACUCUAAUCCAGAAUUCGUAGUCAGUUUUGUUUUUACGGUAUGUGACCACGAAUGCCACGAUUUUCACACAAAUUUCUUCGAACUGCUUGCGAAUUGUUUUGAAAUAUAAAGUAUUCAUUGAGUCGCUCAAAGUUUAAUUCUUGUUGGAAUUCCAGUAUAAAAAUCAACAUAAACUUUUUUGCGUUUAAGAAGGUCGUGCGUCCUCUAAUUUCAGAUUGAAAGUUACAUAAUUUGCGAACAGUACAGUUUCAAAUGAAAUAUUGAUAUUAAAAUUCAAUUAGAAUAAAUGAUUGUAGUUAAAUUGUAAAAUGACAUGUAUAAUAUUUUUUGUAUUGAGAGCAAUCGUUUCCUUUCGUUGAUAAAGUGAGAUGACUCUUUUUUUCGUGGAAAAUAUUUGCUAAAGGAUUGAUUCCAAGCCCUAAAGUGAAUGAUAUCCUUUACUCUGUAUAAAUAUAUAAAUAUUGAUAAACAACGUAAUUGACAGCGUAUGUAUGAUAAAUUACAGCAUAAGAAAGCCUGCAUCAAAUGUACUCUAGAUUGAAAAUUAUUAUUAGUGAGAAGAGUACUUGUAAAUGGUUAAGAACAAAAGAGAAGAAAGAACAUCUGUUAAUUUUCAGUUAUUUUGACAACGCGAUCGUUAUUAUUAUUCGUGACGCAUCACAAAACAUAGUAAUUUCCAUAUAUGUAUCUUUCAUUUGUCAAACUAAAUUACGGAUUUGUACAAAGUAUUUACAUUGCUAUUUUAUAUCACCUGCAUAUAUUAAUAUACGUUUGUUUUAUAUUUACCUUUUUCAGAAAAAAUUUACUUUUACCAUGAAUAUAUAUUUUCAAACAUU